GAAAACCACCGCUCAAUCCCCUCGGCCCUCGGUGCCGCCAGCACCACCGCCGACUGCACCCUCGGCUGUCGGUGUCGCCAGCGCCGCUGCCGACUGCUCGGGCGAGGGUUCUUCGAUCCGGCGAGUUGGGAGUGUGGGCGCCAUCUUCCAGAUCCUGUCCAAGUCGCCGCCAGCGCUGACGAGCCAAUCACCAACCGCCGCCCACCAAUUGUCUCUGUGUAGGAGUCAGCCACCGGUCGCCGUUUCUGCAACAGUCACUCCUCGUUGCCAUGCCUCAACAUCGGCCAAGUUAGAUGGAUAGAUCUUGGAUUCGUGGCACACUGUUCUCUCGAGAGUACAUCAAUGGUGUCAAAGAGUUUAUGAACUUAAUUCAAGCAAAAUUCAGCGAGGAUGAAGAAAUACUAUGCCCAUGUAGAGAAUGCCUUAAUCGCAAAUACUGGCAUCAAGCUGUUGUGAACAAGCACAUAUUGACGCAUGGCAUGGAAAGUACAUAUACUCGCUGGAUAUAUCAUGGAGAAGACUUCAAUGCAGAUGUUAUUGAGCAUCCUGUUGAUGUGCAUGACUCCGAGGAUGGUAACAACGGUGCUGACCGAUUUGAAGAGAUGUUUGGCGACCUAUGCACAGCAAUAGAACAAGAUCAGAAGGAAACUAAAAAUGAAGACGGUAACAAUGAUGCAAAUCCUUCUAAGACUGAGUCCUUUCUGAAGAACGUGAGGAAAGAGUCAAAGCGGCACCUUUAUCAUGGUUGUACCAAGUUUUCAAGGUUCUCAUUUGUGGUGAAUCUUCUUCAUUUGAAGUCAUGCCAUAGGAUCACAAAUAGUGCAUUUACUGACAUUUUGAAGCUACUGGCUGAAGCAUUCCCUCAACUCAAUACACUCCCAAAAUCUUAUGACGAAGCAAAGAAUCUUCUAAAGGAAUUAGGCCUUGGGUAUGAGUCUAUACAUGUGUGCAUCAAUAAUUGUGUUUUGUUCAGAAAGCAAUAUGCCAAGCAUGACAACUGCCCAGUUUGUGGCAUGUCAAGGUGGAAAGAACCUGCUAGAAAGAAGAUACCACAAAAAGUUCUGAGGCAUUUUCCAUUGGUGCCUAGGCUGAAGAGGAUGUUUCUUUCCAAAAAAGCAUCAGAGGAAGCACAGUGGCACAAGCUAAAGAGGCAACCCAGUGAGAAGGGAAUGAGCCAUCCAGCUAACGGUGAUGCGUGGCAAGAUUUUGAUGAAAAAUAUCCAAAAUUUGCAGAAGAUGCCAGAAACAUGAGGCUUGGCAUUGCCACUGAUGGGUUCAAUCCUUUCGGAAACUUUAACACAACCUAUAGUAUGUGGCCUGUAUUUGUGGUGCCAUACAACCUUCCACCUUGGGCAUGCAUGGAUCGGUCAAAUUUCAUGAUGGCUCUGUUAAUUCCAGGUCCUAAAUCACCUGGCAAGCACUUUGAUGUCUUCCUACAACCACUUGUAGAAGAUUUACUUGAGCUUUGGAAGGGUGUGCGUACAUAUGAUGCUCGUGAAGGAAAAAUGUUUGAUCUUCAUGCUGCAGUUCUAUGGUGCAUUCAUGAUUACCCAGCUCUGAGCACUCUUUCAGGGCGUACCACAAGAGGCUAUGUUGCAUGUAUUCAUUGUAAUAAACACCCUCUUUCCUACGGCCUAAGGCACAAAAUUGGGUAUAUUGGGCAUUAUCGUUUCCUUCCAAAGGGACAUCGUUUGCGAAGAAACAAUGAAUUUGUUGGUCUUCAUGAACGCAAUGAUGAGCUAGGUAAAUUCUCAAAGGAAGAGCUACAAGCAGAAUUGGAGAAGGUUAGACCUGGGCGACAAGAAGAAAGCACGAAAAGAAAGCGUUCUGACUUGGGCAGCAAGAAGGCUCAUGUGCCAAUUUGGAGUCAGGGGGUUUGUUUGUGGGAUUUGGAUUAUUGGGAUAAAUUAAAGCUGAGACAUAAUCUUGAUGUCUUGCAUAUCGAGAAAAACAUUUGUGAAAACCUCAUUGGGACAAUUCUCAACAUGGAGGGGAAGACGAAGGACACACUUAAUGCUAGGCUUGAUCUCCAAGAUUUGAAAAUUAAAGAGGAGUUGCAUUUGAGGAAGGAUGGAAACUCAUAUGAGAUGCCUCGGGCCCGGUAUACCUUGUCUAAAGAACAAGUGGUUGCAUUUUGUCAAUUUUUACGGGAGUUAAAGUUUCCAGAUGGGUUUGCUUCCAACAUAUCCAUAUGUACAAGUGCUGAUGGAACCAAGGUCCAAGGCCUAAAAACACAUGAUUGUCACAUUCUUUUUCAAAGAAUCUUACCUGCUGGCAUGAGAGGAUUUCUGGAUAGUGAUAUAUAUGAAGCAAUAGCUGAGUUGGGCAAGUUUUUCAGGGAAUUGUGCAGCAAAACUCUUAACAGGGAUGUGUUGGCUGAAAUGAAGAAAGAAAUCCCUGUAAUUUUGUGCAAGCUUGAGAAAAUUUUCCCUCCUGCUUUCUUUGAUGUGAUGGUGCAUCUUACCGUACAUUUACCCGAAGAGGCAUUACUCCGAGGUCCCAUACAAUAUGGGUGGAUGUACCCAGUUGAAAGGAGGUUGUAUACUUUAAAGAGGUAUGUGAGGAAUAGGGCAAGACCAGAAGGUUCAAUUGCUGAGGCAUAUAUUGCCGAUGAAUGCCUGAUAUUUUGCUCCAAGUACAUGGAUGAUUUCGAAACCAUAUCUUAUCAGAAACCAAGAAAUGUAGGUUAUUUAGAUGAAGAAGCCUAUGGUGUUGACGUUUUUGGACAUGGAGUAAAUUUUACUUCAGGAUAUGAAUAUCAAUAUGUAUAUGACAGAAAAGAAUUUGAUCAAAUGAUGUGGUAUGUGUUGAACAAUUGUGGUCAAGCUCAGAAAUAUAUCGAAAUGUUCAGAGAUGAGUUAAAAAGAAAACGGGUUCCAAACAUUGAUAAAGAUCUUCAGAAAGAAUUCCAGACAUGGUUCAAGAACUAUAUCAUGAGGUUGCGGGAUGAACACAGCGAAGAAAUAGAUGAAGAUCUCUUUUCCUUGGCAUGUGAACCUGAUUGAAGAGUCAGAAAAUACUCAUCAUGCAUAGUGAAUGGUAUUAGAUAUAGCACUGUUGACCGUGAUAGCAACAAGAGAACACAGAACAGUGGAGUCAUGGCCGAAGGUGAACAUGCCAGUAAGGUCAUAGAUUUUUAUGGAACAUUGAAAGAGAUCAUCCAGUUGGACUAUAACUCCAACGAUAACUUGGACGGCAGGUCAGUUAUUUUGUUUAAAUGUGACUGGUUUAAACUUGAUGGAAAGAAGAAGGAGCUAAAAAAUGACCGGUUUUUCAAAAGCAUCAAUGUUGAAAGUUUAUGGUACAAGGAUGAUUCUCUUAUUCUGGCUACUCAGGCAAGAAAGAUCUUUUAUUUUCCAGACACAAAGUAUGGGAAAAAUUGGCAAGUUGUGCAAACAUUUGACCAUAGGCAUCUCUUUAAUAUUAGUGAAACUGAGGGUGCACCUUUUACUGGUCCUGCAUAUCAAGAGGAGGAGUGUUGUGAUGAGGAGGGUACGAGAACGUCGGUUUCUGAACAUAUAUCUGAGAAGCCUUUGCAUAGAGACAAUGAGCAAGGCAUUAUUUUUGAAGCUGAUGUAAUUGCACGCUUGAUGAAAGAAAAUAACAUAGAAGUGUAUGAAGGUGGCAAUGAAGAUGAAUAUGAUACAGGAAUGGAGUAUUGCAGCGAAGACGAAGGAGGCGGCAUGAUGGAUGUUGACAACGAUGAUGAGUAGAUGAUUUACAUUGAUUUUGUGUCAGAUUUUGUGUACUUCCGUUUUUAUCGAAAGAUGUUGUGUCACUUUUGUUUUACUGAAAGAUGUUGUGUCA